AACGCUUUGCCAUGACUGGGCAAAAGAAACGAUACCGAAAGUUCCGUUUUCGCCGCUACAAUGCCAAUUUCCGGAUCUUGAUCAUCACAAUCCCAACCGAUCUAUAUGAGGCCCUUCACCUGGGACUUUAUAUACGGUCAGCUACAUUUCGAGCAGAACAAGGUCAUCAUGGAGGAGAUAGCGGAGAAGGCGAUUCGACAGGCGGUCCAUGGCUGGAACUUAUUAAGUCUAGAUAUUCCGAAACAUUACCCGAGCUUUACAAGGAUAUGCGGUGGUGGUUUCAGGCAUCAAACCACGAGGUCAAGAUUGUGAUUCUGGCGAAAUUUGACGACCAGCAACAUCACAUUUUGCUAGAGAAAUGGGAGGAAGAAAUCUCGAUGAAACGACAGUCAAUCACCAUCACCCGCAAUGAGACAACAAAUCCAGUAUCGUACAAUGUUACUAGGGGGGCAUUAGUACUAGGAUUUCGACUUCUUUUUCUUCGCGAUCCAGGCCCGCAAGAGGGAGAUUUUGUCUGGGCUCAGCUGCCGAGAUUAGACUAG